UGUGUGCAUUUGCUUCCCCCCCCCGCCGCUUGCCUAACUAACUAUCGGAGGGAGGGGGGUGAAUCUGCUGCUCCCCCCCCCACCUGGCUGGGGAGGGUGGAAAAGGGGUAGUUUCUGCAGCUCCUUCCCCUUUAACUUCCCGCUGUGCACGAGGGGGCGGGAUGGACCCCGAGGAGCCCUGGCUCUUCAGCCGCCCGGGCGGCGUGCGUCGGCCUGCAGCGCGCUGGCGGAGCUCGGCGCCCCGGGUGUCCGCGGCCAGCAAUGGCCGGGGAGCGCGCUCGCAGCUUGGGGAAAGGGAGCACUGCUCCAGGGCCUGUGCCCGAAGGACUGAUCCGUGUGUACAGCAUGCGCUUCUGUCCCUUUGCAGAGAGAACACGUCUUGUCUUGAAAGCCAAAGACAUUAAGCAUGAAACAAUCAACGUCAAUCUGAAAAACAAACCUGACUGGCUGUUUGAGAAAAAUCCCUUUGGUUUGGUACCUAUUCUGGAGACCAGCAAGGGUCAGCUGAUCUACGAGUCUCUAAUCACAUGCGAGUAUUUGGAUGAAGCAUAUCCUGGGAAGAAGCUUCUACCUGCUGACCCUUAUGAGCGAGCAUGUCAAAAGAUGCUCUUGGAAAGAUUCUCCAAGUUACAACCUCUAGCCUUCAAACAUCUUCUGGCCGUUAAAAAUGGGGAGGACAGUUCAGCGCUGAAAGUGGAGUUAAUUGAGAAGCUUGGCGAAUUUGAGGAGAUUUUAGCCGGUCGCAAGACUGUGUUCUGUGGUGGGGACUCUGUGUCCAUGAUUGACUAUAUGAUCUGGCCUUGGUUUGAACGACUGGAAUUCUUCCAGUUGCCUAACUGUCUGCAGCACACCCCAAAGCUCAGGCAAUGGGUGGAAGCCAUGAAGAAGGAUCCUGCCGUCAAGGCUACGAUGACUGACACGCAAGCACUCAAAGGCUUUUUUGAGCUGUAUGUGAAGAACAGUCCUGAGGCAUGCGACUAUGGGCUGUGAGAUGAGGGAGGGCAUCUCCCUGUCACAAAUGUAGCUUCUGUUGCCUCUGGGCACCUGCAGCACUGCAUUUGGCUGGGAUGCUGCAGUUCUGUGCUUGCAUUUUAAAAUAGGAAUAAAUCUGUGUAGGAAAGGAUGAGAAACCUCCGUGAAGUCCGUCCUUCCUGGUGGGAGGAGGGAGUGCUGGCCUCAGGCAGGAGAUGAGAGAUCACUGACUGAUGUAUAUACAACUGCUAAAGAUGUAACCCUUCACUAUCUCUGUCCUCUUCGUUUGUACAGAGUGAUGCCUGUUUGGUUGCUUUAUGAUUUGGUUUUUGUGAUUCUGGUACUUGAGCAAUAGAGGAGGAAAUCUUUUUU